AUCAAAUGCAACUAAAUCAUGGCGAGCUCCUCCUCCUCCUCCUCCUCCUCCUUCCCGUUCAUACUUUUCUUCACUCUCCUCUGCCUGUGCAAAUGCAAUGCCUCCCCACGUCUCCCCACCACUCUCACUAUCAUCCCCAUCAGCAGCCACCUCUCCAAAUCCUCUCUGCCUUCGCUCGACCAGAUCGAUGCCCACGACAAGGCUCGUCUCAUCUUCCUCGACAGCCUCGCGGCCAAGAAGGAGGCGACCAUCGCCUCCGGCACCCCGUUCCACCAAGCCGGCAGCUAUCUGGUAAAGGCCAAAGUGGGCACCCCCGGCCAGGCCCUGCUUAUGGCCAUGGACACCAGCUACGACGCGGCCUGGGUUCCUUGCAGCGGCUGCAUCGGCUGCUCCAAUCCCACCCCCUUCGCCCAUAAGAACUCCUCCUCCUUCCGGCCCCUCCACUGCGCCAUGCCGCAGUGCAGACAGGCGCCCAACUCCUUCUGCGCCGCGCCGUGGUGUAGGUUCAAGGCGACCUAUGGGGCUUCCUCCUUUGAGGGCCUCAUGUCUCUGGACUCGCUUGCACUUGCCGACGACACCCUGCCCAGAUACGCCUUCGGCUGCCUCCGGCAGGUGACCGGGAAGCCGGUCCUGUCUCAGGGCCUGCUGGGACUCGGCCGAGGCCCCCUCUCGCUUCUGUCACAGGCCGGCAAUCUCUACCGGAACACCUUCUCCUACUGCCUGCCCAGCUUCAGGUCCUCCAGCUUUACCGGUACGCUGCGUCUUGGACCGGUCGGCCAACCGACACGCAUCGACUUCACUCCGUUGUUGACCAACCCCAGCAGGCCCACCUUGUACUACGUCAACAUGACCGCCAUAAGAGUCGGGCGCAGGUUCGUGAACCUCCCUCCCAGCGCUCUGGCGUUCGACCCCACCACCGGCGCCGGCACCAUAUUCGACUCGGGCACGAUGGUGACUCGGCUGGUGGCGCCGGCCUACGCCGCCGUCCGGGACGAGUUCCGGAAGCGGAUCAACCUGCCCGUCUCGUCGCUGGGUGGGUACGAUACGUGUUUCACCGAGCCGUUCGUGCCGCCGACGAUCUCGUUCCAUUUCGACGGGAUGUUCGUGACGCUGCCGAGGGAGAACGUCGUCAUACACAGCAGCUACGGGACGACGACCUGCCUGGCCAUGGCCUCCGCGCCGGACAACGUCAACUCGGUGGUGAACGUCAUCGCUUCCUACCAGCAGCAGAACCACAGGGUUCUCUACGACGUAGCCAACUCCCGUAUCGGUGUGUCGCGUGAGCUCUGCAGCUAGUGAACCGGCCCCGAGUCGGUCACCUUAAGCUUCUCUUGAGAGAGAUGGCUGUUUUUGCUUGUUUGCUUUGGUAUACCAUAACCGCUCUCUGCUUGUCAUUUUGUUAAGAAGUGUCCGUCCUUGCGUCAGAAUUUAAUUCUGUUACUCCUCUUGUGUCA